AAAAACAACGUCGAAAUGGAGGGAGGAGGUGCUGCGGCCCAGCAGGCAGACACGGAGAUGGAAGAGGCGCCAUCAGAGCCUCAGCAGCCAUCGGCUGCUCCUCAGGCGGCGGGGAUCGAGAACAUCCCGGCGAUGUUGAGUCUCGGGGGACGAUUUAUUCAGUACAACAUAUUUGGGAACAUAUUCAAAGUGACGGCGAAGUAUAGGCCGCCUAUUAUGCCCAUCGGGAAGGGCGCAUACGGCAUCGUUUGUUCGGUGUUGAAUUCGGAGACAAAUGAGCAUGUGGCAAUAAAGAAGAUAGCAAAUGCAUUCGAUAAUAAGAUUGAUGCAAAGAGGACACUUCGUGAGAUCAAGUUGCUUCGACACAUGGAUCAUGAAAACUGGACCAGAAUAAAAUGGCUAGCGAAGGAGAAAGUCAUCCACUCAUUAUAUCAAGAUUCACAUAAGAAGAGUUGUACAUGCUCAAGUUUUUCUCCUUCAUAGAGUGUCGGAAUCUAA